CGCGUUUUUCCCAGCCAAUCGGGUUGGCUAUGUCACCCGGGGUGUUGUCGCGGGAACUACUGGAACACAACAGACCGGAGUUGGACGUUUCUUCAUGAAGUGUUGAGUUGCUGGAGCCUUGUGUGUUCUGACCAGUUGUCUGUGCUCUCGUUGGCUGAUGGGGUGGACGGCGUCGCUAUGUCUCACAGACUGAGCAAGGAGGAGCUGGAUGAACAGUUUGAGCUGUUCUUGAAGGAGUCUGUUUCAGAUGACUCGUUGGAAUUGGGCGGCUCUGACAAGCAGCUCGCCGCCGCUAAGAGCUGCCGGAAAUCAGCCCAGAAGCCGACAGUGUCUUGGUGGGAAGAUGACGAACACGGCAGCCGAGGAACAGGAAGAGCACAGACGACCAAAAGCAGAUUUAUCAAAGCCAAAAAGUCUCAGCCUGAAAACAACGAUGGACUGCUGGGAUCUGGGAGGACUUUCAGGAGGUCUUUGAGGAGGUCUCAGUCUAUUCUGGAGGAGGAGGAGGAAGAUCGAGGAGACGCUGGUUUGAAGCAAGAUGCAGCUGCUGUCCUCACAGACAGUACUGAGACAGAGGACUCAGUGAUGAUACCAACUGCAAAUACAGCCAACACUGGUUUAGAUACACUGGAGGAAGAAGAGGAGAAAGCCAGGUUCUUUGCCAGACUGGAGGCCGGAGCUUCAUCAACUAUAGAUUAUUCCAGGCUGAACAGAGAGCUGGACUCAACAAGUUCCACCAUUGGUACAAGCCUCAGAUGGAUGGAUGUCCUGACUCCGUCCAGGAAAACUGAGGGAGCAGUGGAGCAGAGUGAUGCUGAUCAAAGGAAGUCCGCUGUCACAGAGACCAUCAGAGAGUCUCUAGGCUCUCCUCACUACAGCGAGGACUUUGAGGAAGAGGAGAAGAGAAAAGAGCCACGGGAGGAGAAGUCAAAAAUGUCUACAAUUCUUGCCAAAGUUUCUCUUUAUGAUUCCCUGGAUGACACCGGUGAAGAAGACAGAAGAAAGGACACAGCAACAUCAUUGGACAGAGGCCAGCAGUAUGUGCAGAGUGGAGGCUCAGAGAUGGAGGCUCUUCAUGAGGCCUUCAGACAGAUCCAUGUGGUGGAAGAUUCAGAAGAGCACAGUCACCAUUAUUCAUCUCUGGAAGGGAGGGGGAGGACACACAGGCCUGUGUCUCCAUCCUCCCCUCCACAACAUGCCAGACAGUCCCUUCAGCCCACUUCUACAAAUGAGUCAGAGCUACCCACUGCAGAAGAGUUAAUGAGACCCAUCCGGCCCGAGCAGGAGCAAAUCAGAGGCUUCACCCUCCAGCCUGUCAGUGCUGUAGAACUUGACCAGGGAAAGACAUCCCACUUCUACGAAAGGACUUUCCUAGAUGCGACUUCACCAGAAUCUCAACUGAAGCAACCUGGAGAGGCUGAUAACGUCACAGGAAUAAAGGAAGCCAGGAGGCUGAGCUCCCCAGACUCUCCCAACCAUAACCUGACAUGGAGCAUCAGACAGGAAGUAGAGAGGCUGAUGCAGGAUCAGAACCAUUGUUCAUCUUACGCAUCGUCUCAGGAUGGCAACGCUAAGAAACAACCGGGCUCCCGUGGCUCCAGUCUUCAUCCCUCUACAUCUUCAAUGAGGAAACCCACUGUGGCUCCUGUGAGAGGCAGAAGAGUGGAGGGAAGAGCAGCAGUGACUUCCAGGUCAUCAGGGCUGAGCAGAGUGGCUGUUACAGCCAGAAGUCAGUCUUCUGUUUCCCGACCUGUGCAGCAUCCACAAGACAAGGCCAGAUUCACAAAGAGCCAAGAAAAAGAAGGCUACACAGAGCCAGGUCUGAAUGCGAGCAGUGAGCUGGUGGCAUCUGUUCAGUCAUUGGUGGCUGUCCUCCAACAGCAGAUAGACACCGGCGGUCGCCAGGAUGCUGCAGACACACCGGAAGCCAGUCUGACACACCAUCUUCCAAAGGACAAUAGGGAGGAGGACAGCUCUCGGGUGGAGGAGCUAAGGCUCCAGCUUGCUCAGAAAGAGAAGGAGUUGCGGGUGAUGAAGGAAGGAGCAGAAGAGCUCAACUCACUCAGACAACAGAACUUUGUGCUGCAAAGCAAGCUGCGAAGUGCAGAAGAAGCCAAUCAGAAGAAGAGAUGGGCGGAGGUGCCUGACUCUGCUGCGGAUGAACACCAACAGAUGGAUAAAGAAAUAAAAGAGCAGGAGAUGCUUAUCAAAGGUUACCAGCAGGAGAAUGAGAAGCUGUGUUUGCAGAUGAAAGCUCAGCUGGCCAAGAGUAAAGCCAACGAGGAGGCCAUGUUCCAUGAGAACCAGAGGCUGCUGAACGAGCUGGCCUUCACGCGCAGGGAGCAGUCGGAUAAAACCUGCAGGCCUGUGGGAAAUGUUUGCUCAAUGGAUCACACUCAACGCAUUACUGACUUGUUAGCUCAAAUAAAUACAUUUCAGAGGAAUGAAGCCAAACUGUCUGAGGACAUUCACAGACUGAAGCAAGAAAAACAGGCUCUGGAUGUGGACCUGCAGCUCAUGAAGAAAGAGCGAGACCUAGCUAAAGCUCGGGCCACGUCUGCCUCAGGUGAUAAGACUUUUCAGAUGCAUGUCUUAGAGGACAAGCACAGAGAGGAAGUGGCAGCCCUGAAGAAGAAGCUGCAGUGGUUUGCUGAGAACCAGGAGCUGCUGGACAGAGAUGCUGUCAGACUGAAGGCUGCUACAGCUGAGAUACGCCAGCUCAAAGAGCAGGUAGAAAAACUAAAGACGGAUGUGGGCAAAAGAAGCAGUGAGCAGCAGAGAAAGGCCAGAGAGAAAACAGUGGACACCAAGAGGAUGCAGGACCUGGAGCGACAGGUCAAGGAGCUGGAGCACAUACUCCGAUGUAGAAACCCAAACUCCCUGCCCGCUUUGAUCUACGCUGCGGCCACGGCUGACAGUCAGGACAGUGCAGACGCCACCAAGACCCCACCCCCCAGCAGGGUCAGUGCCCUGCUGGAGCGCAGGAUUCAGCGUCUGGAGACUGAGCUGGAGAGUCACGACGAGGAGGCCAAGCGCAGCCUGCGGGCCAUGGAACAACAGUUCCACAGGAUCAAGCUCCGCUAUGAGCAGCAGAUCUCAGAGCUGGAGCAGCAGCUGGAAGCAUCAAACUCAGCAGCUGGGACCAAGCCAUGGGCGUCACAGGUUCAAACCCUGGAGGAAGAGCUGCAGCGUGUGAAGGCAGCCCACCAGGAGAAAGAACUGUCCCUCCAGGAGCAGAUUGAGUCUCUCCAGCAUCAGCUCAAACACAAGGCCUAUCCAAGUCCGGGCCGGCACCAGCGUCAAGCCGAGGAAGCAUUCGGUGUCCGGAUAGAGCGCCUCAACCAAGAGCUCAGUGCCAAGACACGAAGCAUUCAGGAGCUGAGCCGCACUGUGGAGAGGCUGCAGAGGGAGAGGAGGAGCAUGCUGUCUGUCCCCAACCCACGACCAGAAACCCGUUCUACAGAGAGCAAACGACAACCGGGCCCAGCCAAACCUCCAUGUUCUGCUGCUGCAGCAGAGACGUGUGCAGGAGAAGAAACGUUCCCAGCUGCUCACUAUGAGAAGACCUACCAGCCGACCGUCUUCACAGGCAGUCACAUCUCAGAGGUUCUGCAGGAAAACGAGGUUCUGAAGCAGCGCCUGCAGCUGCUGGAGCUGCAGAGUGAGCAGGACAAGGAGGCUUUAAAGGCUGAUGCCAUACAAGCCAAGGAGGAGCUGUGCAGUCUUCAGGAGCACUCUGCAAAGCAGCUGUCCUCUAUAAAAACGGAGCACCUCAGGGUGUUGAAUGAGCUGUGCGCCGCCCAUGCCCUGCAACACUCGUCCUCAAAGGUUGCCGAACUGUCCAACAAGCUCAACACUCAGGAGAUAACGGUGAAACAUCUGCAGGAGCAGCUGAAAGAGCUGCAGGGAACUAAACAUGCACUGACAAUAUCCAGGAGCAGAGAGGACGCUCUGCAGAAGCAGCUGACCAGACUGCUGAAGGAGCUGAAGGAGGCUAAAGACGCUCAGAGCCCAGAGGUGAAACUGCUGUGCAGCCUGGAGAGGAAGAUCAUGAACAUGGAGCUGAGACACCAGCACAGAGAGAAAGAGCUGCAGCAGGUGAUUGGAGGCUCGUGGCAGACAUUAGACACUGAUCAGCAGUCAGAGGUGGAGCGCUGGAGGCAUCUAGCUCAGGACAAGAGCAGAGAGCUGGAGGCUUUUCGUCUGGAGCUGGACUCCAUCCUGGACAUAGUGAGACACCUCCAAACACAGGGAGUGGUCCUCCCCAUCACAGCCAGGAGUUAGUUCACACACACGGUUUGACUAAUGCGUGCCACUGAAAGUUAAUGCUGAAGCCAAACAUAGAUAACCUGAGCAAUAAUCAAUCAAUUAGUCCAUAUCCCACAUGGGUGAAAUGGACCAUAUUUCCUGAUCAGCCUCAGUGAUAUUUCAUUUGAAACAUACAAACAGACAUAAAGCUACUUUAUAUUAAUACUCCUACUGUACAUAUUUCUUAUCUCUCUCUGUAUAUUUCAUAACUAGAUUCUACUUUUGUAUUUAAAUUAUUGUAACUUGUUGAGAAAAAUAAAGGUUUUUCUGAAGUC